CUGGGACCGUUGUUCGCGCUGAGCACGAUUUUGUUCAUCGUGCGCAUCGUCAUGACGUGGUAUCCGAGCGUGCCGUACACGAAGUUGCCGUGGGUCUUGGCGUACGCGCCGACGGAGCCUUUGCUCAAGCCCACGCGCGCGCUCGUGCCGCCGGUGGGGGGGGUGGACGUCUCGCCGAUCAUCUGGGUCGGGAUGAUUAGUUUUAUGAAUGAGAUUUUGUUGGGGAAACAAGGAUUGUUGGUGUUG